ACUACAUUGAAAUGGUUGCAUUCUUUCGCCUGUCACUUAGAUGACGUCUUCUCUCGGAACAUUUUAUGUACUGAAGAAAAUUCUUAAAUUUCAUUGAGGCAAUUUUUCCCCCAAUAAAAUGGCAAACAUUGUUGAGCCCAGCUGUGUCAACUAUGUGUGUUCUUGUGGCCACCUCAAUCCCAUAACAAAACUGUAUUUCUGCCGAUACUGUCUCAAGUUGAGGUGUGGCUUCUGUGUCUGUCAUGAAGUUGACUCACACUUCUGCUGUAACUGUUUGGAGAACAUCCCGUCGGGCGAGGCCAAAUUGAAACGGAAUCAAUGUAACAAGUGCUUCGAUUGUCCGAGUUGUCAGCAUACCCUGUCGUCACGGGCGACCACAAUUCAAAUUCCGAAAAGACCGGAGGCGGAAGGUGGUAAAAAUGUAGGUGGCGGCGAUUUGAAACCGAGGAAAAUGUAUUACCUUACGUGUUUGGCAUGUCGCUGGACGUCUAGAGAUGUUGGUAUUCCCGAUCAGGCGACAGCAACCGGUCAGUGGCCAGAAUGUGAAUAUUCGAAUGCCACUCGAUUCUCCUUGCUGAUGGAACACUACCAAACUGUGGUUCAACAAGAAAAGCAGGAGAAACAAGAUUUGUGGCGACGUAAAGCUCCGAAGCAGCACAAGUAUCCGAAUCUAACGGAUCGUACGGGUUUGACGGCAUCGAUAAUUCGUCGCCAAAUGGGGCUUUCUGAUAAAACUGCUCCGAAAAUCAAACAGAGCACCAUUAACCCAUCAUUAGCAACUGAUGUCGUCCAAGAACUGCCGGAUGACAUUUUCAGCAAAGAGAUCAUCCUCAGCAACAUAACCACGGUAAAGCAGCGUCUCAACCAUCCGUCUGUGCAACCCAGUACGGUUAACAAUCUCUAUCCACUAAACAAGAAUCUGUCGAUCAAACGAUCAUUGCGCUGUCGUCAAUGUGAGCACAAUAUUAUCAAGCCGGAAUACAAUCCAGUGUCGGUGAAAUAUCGCAUUCAAUUGUUUGCUAGCUAUCACGUACCCGAAGUUCGUCUCAUGAAAUGUGGCCCGCUCAACGCCGGCUCUUCCACUCAGAUUUUGAUCAAGAUAAUCAAUCCAACGUUGCACGAAAUGACCAUAACAAUUAUGGACCUACCAACGCACGAAGAGGAAUCCCUGAUCAUCGAAGAGAUGAAAAAGAAAUCGGACCACCGACAACCACUGGGACCGAUGGCCAGUCUCAACUCGGCAUUUUCGCGCCAGGCAUCACUAAACGAGGAACCGAAGUUCGUCGAUCAGAAGGUGACCGGUACGAUUGCACUGCCCGAUUCGUCGUUUAUGCUGCAGCAACGCGACGAUUCGACGGAGUACGAUGACGAUCAUCAAGUGACCAGGGAAGAGCCGAAAUUUGUGGUAUGGAGACGAUCGAAUAAGGUUGCUGUGGAGUUAACCGUCAAUCCAUUAGAUUGCAAGUCGGGCGAUGAGGUUGUCGUUGGAUUCUCGAUGCAGUACACUUAUGUCAACACCGCCACAUCAGGUGCUGUCGACAAAAAGGAACCACAAACACAUGCGUUGACGUCUAGGGUCUAUUUACGAAUCGGAAAAAUCAAGUGAACUGCAGCUCGCCCUAACACUCGUUUGUAACGUUUACCUUUCCUAAACCUUAUUUAACACCAGUUCGUAUGCAUACACAUCGAACAAAUAAAAUGUAUUCGCUUUAACCGCUA